AAGAAACUCCACAAAUUCUUCAGCACAUCAGCACAUAUGUACAUCAGCUGAUUCUCCCACUCUUUCGCUCUUCAACAGACAGUAUACUCGAAUCGACACAGACUAGAUAAUAGAAUUGGCUACGUCGACGCACUGUUUUUCUAACAUUGACUACAAAGAAAUCAUCGUAUUCGAACAACGACAGCACCGUAAAAGCUAAUGGCAAAUCAUGAAAUUGUCAGAUCGAAAAGCUGGUUUUGGGAAUGGUUUAGCUGGUCUGGCUCAUCUUCAGCUAUGUUACGUUCUGUUGAGAAAAAAAUUCUUUCUUGUUUGAAAACUGCAUAUCGAGGAUGGUAUGUGGACAUAGGACCAGUUGUAGGAACAUCAGAUAAAAUAUGGACCAUUUCUUUAAAUGAAGAAUCACCAAACACACCAAUUGUUCUGUUGCAUGGUUUAGGGGCAGGUGUAGCAUUAUGGUGUUUAAAUCUUGAUGCUUUGGCUUCACAGAGACCAGUGUAUGCCAUUGAUAUAUUAGGUUUUGGUAGAAGUAGUCGUCCUGUUUUUAGCAAUGAAGCACAAGUAGCUGAGAGUCAACUAGUUCGUUCCAUAGAGGAAUGGCGCAGGGAGAUGCAGUUAGAGAAAUUUGUGCUGUUAGGUCAUUCAAUGGGCGGUUUCCUUGCAGCAUCAUAUAGUAUGCAAUAUCCUGAAAGAAUAAAACAUCUAAUUCUUGCUGAUCCUUGGGGAUUCCCUGAAAGACCUGUAGAACGAAUUUCCAGAGCUCCUAUGUGGGUAAAAGUUAUAGCAUAUAUAAUGGAACCAUUAAACCCACUAUGGCCAGUGAGAGUAGCUGGUCCAUUUGGGCAGUGGUUAAUUGAAAAAACAAGGCCAGAUAUAGUAAAAAAAUUUGCACCUGUAUUAAAGGAUGACACUGCUGUGAUUUCACAGUAUUUGCAUCAAUGUAAUGCCCAAACACCAUCUGGUGAGAGUGCAUUUCAUGCAAUGAUGCAACAUUUUGGUUGGGCCAAAAAUCCUAUUGUUAGGAGAAUGGAUAAACUAAGUCCAGAUAUUCCCAUAACUCUAUUAUAUGGUAGUCGAUCUUGGGUCGAUAAUUCAUCUUGGGAAACACUUAAACAAGCUAGAGCAUUGUCGUACAUUAAUGUUCAGGCCAUAACAGGAGCAGGACAUCAUGUUUAUGCUGAUAAAAGUGAAAUUUUCAAUAAAUAUGUAUUAGAAGCAUGCAAUCUAAGUGAUUCGAUAUCCCAUUUAACAGUAUCAGAUAUUCGUUCAAACAUUAAAAAUAUAAAUGAACAACAAAUUCCACUUAUUUUAACUAACGAGGAAGUUGACUCUAAAACCGUUCAGGAACAGGAAUUGAACACGCCACAAACGCGAUCUAGUUGAAAUUUAGUAUAAAAUUUUAUUGUUAAAUCAUACUCUAUUGACUUUAAUAUCCAUUCGGAUGAAUUGCAUGAUUUAUGUGAUUUAGAUUAGGUAUACAUGUACUGCAGUAUACCAAACAAGAAUCACGUGUUGAUUAAUAUUAUUGUACAAUUUAAUUUCUAAUUUAUGUUUUACUUUGUUAAUUUUAUAAUUUAUAAUUUCUUGAAUUGUUUCAAGGACGACAGUACUCAAUUCUUAGUUUAAGUUUAUUAUCCCACCACCUACGUCUCCGAAAACUAGUUGAAUGUUGGAGUAUUGAAUUUUUGUACAAAUUUCAAUUUCUUGCUAUGAUUAUAGAUAUGAUAAAAUAAAUAAUAAAUAUUGAAAAAGGGAAUAACAGUACAUGUACGGAAUUAUUUAAAUACUUGAGAUUGAUCACAAACAAAACAUAUAAUAAAUCAUCAGAAUCAAAUCGAGUCAAUGGGAUCAAUAAUUUGGACGAAUAUUGCAAAUAUGUCAUGUUACUUACAUGGGUCUUACAGAGGGAAGUUGAAUUGUACAUUAUGCACAAAUGUAACAUAAAAUAAAAUGAACUGUGGGAAAAUAAAUAUCAUUAACAUUAGUU